AUGGUCUCCUCAGUCUCCUCACGGUCUCCUACUCCUCAGUCUCCUCAGUCUCCUCACAGUCUCCUCACAGUCUCCUCUCGGUCUCCUCUCAGUCUCCUCACGGUCUCCUCACGGUCUCCUCACGGUCUCCUUACGGUCUCCCCUCGGUCUCCCCUCGGUCUCCUCACGGUCUCCUCACAGUCUCCUCACAGUCUCUUCACAGUCUUCUCACAGUCUCCUCACAGUCUCCUCACAGUCUCCUCACAGUCUCCUCUCGGUCUCCUCUCGGUCUCCUCACGGUCUCCUCACGGUCUCCUCACUGUCUCCUCACGGUCUCCUCACAGUCUCCUCACAGUCUCCUCACAGUCUCCUCUCGGUCUCCUCACAGUCUCCUCACAGUCUCCUCACAGUCUCCUCACAGUCUCCUCUCUGUCUCCUCACAGUCUCCUCACAGUCUCCUCACGGUCUCCUCACGGUCUCCUCACGGUCUCCUCACAGUCUCCUCACGGUCUCCUCACAGUCUCCUCACAGUCUCCUCACAGUCUCCUCACAGUCUCCUCACAGUCUCCUCUCAGUCUCCUCUCAGUCUCCUCACAGUCUCCCCUCGGUCUCCUCACGGUCUCCUCACAGUCUCCUCACAGUCUCCUCACAGUCUCCUCACAGUCUCCUCACAGUCUCCUCACAGUCUCCUCUCAGUCUCCUCACAGUCUCCUCUCACAGUCUCCUCACAGUCUCCUCACAGUCUCCUCACAGUCUCCUCUCAGUCUCCUCUCAGUCUCCUCACAGUCUCCUCACAGUCUCCUCACAGUCUCCUCACAGUCUCCUCACAGUCUCCUCUCAGUCUCCUCACAGUCUCCUCACAGUCUCCUCACAGUCUCCUCUCAGUCUCCUCACAGUCUCCUCACAGUCUCCUCACAGUCUCCUCACAGUCUCCUCUCAGUCUCCUCUCAGUCUCCUCACAGUCUCCCCUCGGUCUCCUCACGGUCUCCUCACAGUCUCCUCACAGUCUCCUCACAGUCUCCUCACAGUCUCCUCACAGUCUCCUCUCAGUCUCCUCACAGUCUCCUCACAGUCUCCUCACAGUCUCCUCACAGUCUCCUCUCAGUCUCCUCUCAGUCUCCUCACAGUCUCCUCACAGUCUCCUCACAGUCUCCUCACAGUCUCCUCACAGUCUCCUCUCAGUCUCCUCACAGUCUCCUCACAGUCUCCUCACAGUCUCCUCUCAGUCUCCUCACAGUCUCCUCUCAGUCUCCUCACAGUCUCCUCACAGUCUCCUCUCAGUCUCCUCACAGUCUCCUCACAGUCUCCUCUCGGUCUCCUCUCGGUCUCCUCACGGUCUCCUCACAGUCUCCUCACGGUCUCCUCACAGUCUCCUCUCAGUCUCCUCUCAGUCUCCUCUCAGUCUCCUCUCAGUCUCCUCUCAGUCUCCUCACAGUCUCCUCUCGGUCUCCUCACAGUCUCCUCACAGUCUCCUCACAGUCUCCUCACAGUCUCCUCUCAGUCUCCUCUCAGUCUCCUCACAGUCUCCUCACAGUCUCUUCUCGGUCUCCUCUCAGUCUCCUCAGAGUCCAGAACCUGUGA